CGCUGCUGUGAGAUGGCACGACCGUGGGCGGCCAGCAGGAAAGCGAACGAAGGAUGCAAGUGGAUCGCAAUCAAAUUCCGUCGUCGCGAUUCGAUCACGGGGCCGAGCACGUGGGCGGCGCUUGCAACGGGCAGGCCUUAGGCCAGACUUAGGCCAGACUUAGGGCAGCCCCGGCUCGCUGCCGGAAUGAGGAAUUGACGAUAUCUCUCUGCCUGAAGGAUUCUCGCUCAAUCUCCGAAACUGCAUAAUCCGGCCAUAUUACCGAAAGGGUGGUUGGGUUCAUCCUGAGGAAGCAAGCCCCACCGUCAGCAUGCCAGCAGUCCGCUCGCGGUCAGCACCUACAAAAACACCAUGGCCAGGCCGGCUGACAGGGUCUGGCAAGAUGCCUGCACAGAUGCGGUAGUCGUCCACGAUGAGCUCCUCGGGGACGCAAUAUUCGGCGGCGUACCUGGCUCAAUCGCGCGUCACGGAAGUGGUGGUGGGAUACUCGGUCCCCAUCCCCAUCGAGAUUCUGACCACCCUCUGGCGCCUCUGGAUCAAACUGCGGCCGUCCUCGAAGAAUGGCCUGGCGUUCGAUGACUACCUCAUGCUUUGGGCGACGAUCAUUGGGGUUGGCGUGUGUGUCAGCGGGUUGGUUUACGGUCCUCCCUAUGGUUUUGGUCGACAUGUCGCUGCUCUUCCGGAUGAGGAAGUUGAAACGUUCAUGAUGGGCGACUACAUCUUCAGUCACUUCUACGACGUCGCCAUCGCCAGUACCAAACUCUCCGUGCUCGCCCUAUACUAUCGCAUCUUCAUCACGCCGAAAUUCCGCCUCGUCGUUAUCUGCACCGUUGUCUGGGUGAUUCUCUGGCUCAUGACCAUGGAGAUCGUCUUAGGGUUAGAGUGUCGACCGAUCCAGAAAUUCUGGAACUCCAGCGUGGAAGGGAAAUGCUUCAACCUGGUCGCCUUCAGCUACUUUACCAAUAUUGCCAACCUCGUCACUGAUAUUUGGAUCUUCCUGCUCCCGUUGCCGGUCAUCUUGCGUCUGCAGAUUACGAAGAAUAAGAAAAUCGGCCUCAGUUUGCUUUUCUCGGUUGGAUUAGCAACCUGCGCCAUCAGCGCAGCCCGCUUAACCGUCGUGGUCACUCAAGGCUCCUCAGACUAUACCUGGGCCGGCGUCCCCCUCGGCAUCCUCUCCGCCUGGGAACCCCUAGGUGGAAUUCUCUGCGCCAAUCUCCCCGUAAUCUACAAAUCGCUCGCCUCCAUCUUCCGCAAUCUCAAAUCCACCCUCCUCACCCGCAGCGCAAACCCCUCUUCCUCCUCCCAUCACCACCACCAGCGACAAUCCAAAUCCAAAUCCACCACCCACAACCACCACAACACCUGGCUGGAACUCCACAACGGUAGCGCCGGAGGGAAGAGUAGUUAUCGGUCCGAGAUCUCGGCGUUGAAGAGUCUCGAUGAUGAGACGGAUGGCGAUGCGACGGAGAUGCAGGCUGUCGUGAGAGGGUUGAAUACCAUUUUGGUGGAGAGGCAGUUUGAGCAGGAGGUGGAUUUGGAGGGGGCGGGGGAUGAUGAGGUGCCCUUGAGGGGGAAGGAUGUGGGGAUGGGCUUGGGGAAGGGGGGGUGA